CAGCGACAGAAGCCACACACCUCCUGUGAAGAGGAGGCAUCAUUUUUUAGUCGUAACGCUUUGCGGCUUGAAAACGUCAUCUAUGGCGAUCGGUAGCUGUCAAAAGUGGCGUCCAAUGCUAGAAUACGUAGUUCACAAUAGUCUUAAGUCGGGUUUAACCGUGAUCCUGUUUGAAUAACUUUGAAAAAGUGUUUUCUGAAAUUCAGCAUUAAUGACUUUUCAAAAAGAAAUUCUGAUACGCACACAUGCUAGUGGCCCGUUUGUUUUAUGGUUGUGUACACGCUUAGAUAAGUGAAUAUGGAAUAUUCAUCAGUGGUAGAACUGUAAGGCCCGGUGUAUACGAAGGAAAAUAACUUUAUUUUGGUGAAAUGUAAUCCAGUGAAACCAGUUCAGAUUAGGGAAGUGAACCAAAGUGAAGUGAAUGGAAGCAUCUACAAUGAAGGAACCGGGCGAUGAUCCGGUUCCACUGAAGUGAGCCGUUCAGCUCGCAGAGUACUGUUAUAGAUGGAAAUAGAGUAACCCAUUUUCUAAUCAACCCAAACAACACAAAGAGACUGCCUGAAACAACGAAUCUGAUACUACGUAGUAAUCACCAGUCUAGCACAGUAGCAAUAAUGAUAGUUCGAAGAAGGAAGUGGACCAGCUUGUCGACUUAAAGUGUAGUGUUUACCGUUAACCGCCUAAUGGACUCUUCGCAGGGCAACCUAGCGCCCGGGCAAGAGAUACGAGUCGUCAGUGCCUCGGUAGUGGCGCAACUCCAAGCCCAAGGAUUACAGGGCAAUGAACUCAACGCAGCUAUUAUGGCUGCUUCGCAGCCACAAACUGCGCAACAGCAAGCUAUGCAGCAGCAACAAAUACAACAGCAGCAAUUGCAACAACAGCAAUUGCAGCAGCAACAGUUGCAACAACAGCAACAAUUGCAACAACAACAAUUGCAACAACAGCAACUCCAACAACAGCAGCAGCAACAACAGCAUCAGCAACAAGCUCAGCAACAGCAGCAGCAACAACAGCAAGCAGCUCAGCAACAACAAACUCAACAGCAGCAGGUGCAGCAGCAACAAACGCAACAGCAGCAGCAACAACAGCAGCCGCAGUCCACACCUCAAGCGGCUCAAUCUCAGCAGCAACAGCAGCAGCAACAACAGCAACAAGCACCACAACCUGCACAGCUGCAGCAGAUUCAGCAACUCACGCAGAUUCCUCAGCAGCAACCGCAGGUGAUCACUCUGCAGCAGUUGCAAAAUUUCCUCCCUCAACACCAAUUGAACACGAUCACCACUGCCGAUGGAACUCCGGUGCAGGUUUCGUCGGCCACGACAACUCCGGUGGGAACACCGGUGAAAACCUUCGUCACCUCGCCGCCUCAGAUUCAGCAACCGCAGGUUUUGAACCUCCAAGGAUUGCCCCAACAGUUUCUUCAGGGUGGGCAGAUCAUUCAGAAUCCCAAUGGCCUGUUCCAGAUGAUUCAGCCCGUUCAAACGAUCAAUGUCGAUGGACAGGAGACGGUUUUCUUACCUGGUGGUAUUCAGGGAAAUCAACUGGCUGGUGCGCAAGCUGUGCAAAUCAAUGGCCAACAGGCGUACAUCACCCCGUCCGGACAGCUGAUUCGGGCUCCUAAUGGAAUUGUUCCGAACUUCCUGCAGAACAUGACACAAGCAGUGCAGCUUCCCAAUGGUCAAAACGUGCAAGUCCGACCGGCUGGAGCUAUUCCGCAAGUUGUCCAGUUCCCAAUGCAGCAGACCAUACCGGUACAGGUACCCAUCUCAACCGGAAAUGGUCAAACCGUCUACCAGACCGUCCACGUGCCAAUUCAAGCAAUCGGUUCGGCUCUAGUCCAGCCACAGAUGCAAGUGAUACCGCAGAUUCCACAAGUAGCUAACAUAAUCACGCCUAGCGGGCAGAUCCAGCAAGUUCAGUUGACUUCUUUGAAUCCGCUAGCUAGUCUGCAACCUACGCCUGCCCCGCAAAACAUAAUCCUCCAGCAACCCUCGAAUUUGGCGCAAGCCACAGCACCUACUGCAAUCACUGCCGGAAACCCGCUGGUGUCAUCACUUCCAGCUGGAGCUGUGCAAUCCGGAGUGGCAGCUAGUCAGGACAACGGCCAACAAGGCCAAACACAGUCUCAACCGCAGCAGCAACCUAUAACGAUUGCUGGCCCGCAAGUCGGACAGCAGAUCACUGUGAUACCUACCAGCACUCUUCCACAUCUACGGCAGAAUGCAGCCAACAUCAUUCAGAUGCCAAACAUCCCAGGGCUGCAAGCGAUCCCGGUACAAAACAUUCCGGGAAUCGGAAAUGUUCAGGUGAUCCCGACAAAUUUCAUGCAACCGGUUCAACCGCAAACAGCGGCGUCGCAGCCUCAGUUGAACCCGGUCAAUCAAACAGGGCAAACUAUAUCCCUUCAGCAGGCAGCGGCGCAUCAAUUAUCAAGUAUAAAGCCGGAUCCAAGCGACCCCGGUAAGUGGUUCAUCAAGCAGGAAGUGAUUCCGAUUCAACCACAACCGGUGGCGGUCUCGACGGCGGCAGCAACGGCCGCAAUCGGGACCUCCGGUGGAAGUAGCAGCGUUGCCGGCAACACUGGUGCCACUGGAGCCAGUGUUGGCGGCACGGUCGUUACUUCACUUUCGCAACCUACGAUGAUCAACACCAACAUCACCGGAAGUCAUCAGAUCAAAGGUGAAAUUCUGAGUCCCACGACGCAGACGUCGGUCAACGUCAACAUCAGUGUGGGAGGGGGAGACGGAUCCGGGAGUAAUAACGAACAAACGCCCAAACCGCGGGUGCGGAGAGUCGCCUGCACCUGUCCGAACUGUGAAACGAAGGGCGAAGGACCGUCGGACCGCAAGAAGCAACACAUCUGCCAUGUGAGCGGGUGUAAUAAGGUGUAUGGGAAAACGUCCCAUCUGAGGGCGCAUCUCCGGUGGCACACAGGUGAACGACCCUUCGUGUGCUCGUGGAUGUACUGCGGGAAACGAUUCACACGAUCCGAUGAACUGCAGCGACAUCGAAGAACGCAUACGGGUGAGAAGCGCUUCCAGUGUCCGGAGUGCAACAAGAAGUUCAUGCGCAGCGAUCACCUCUCCAAGCAUAUCAGAACGCACAACAAACUGAAAAAGGACCACGUUCAUUAUCUGUACGAGUUGGGUGAGUCGAUGAAAUCGGGUGGCCUCAGUGACGAUGGCGAAGAUGAUCUGGAAAUGGCCGACGACGAUAUGAAAGAUAUGGAUGACGAUGACGAAGACGAUGACGAUUCUAUACCAGGCGGGCCCGGAGUGAUGAGCCAUCUCGUCAAACCGAAACUGGAACCAGGAGUUGCUGAAUCUGGCGGCGAUGUUUCGGUGGCGGUGACCAUGUCGGGGCAUGGACCUGGACCUCCGGUCGGGCUUAUGGUUGCCGGUGGUCACACUGCUGGACAAAUGCAACCAGUUGCCGUGACGAAUGGUAACGGGACCGGCAUAGUUUGGAUUGCUUCCGGAAGUGGUCCCCUGAUAGGGUUGCAGUCACAGCAGCAGGGUACUCCAGCUCCACCGCCACUCUACAGCAUCAAACAGCUCAACAAUGCGCAGGAAAUAACGAACUCGGCACAUUCAGCAUCCUCCGACAGUAACGACAGCUCGGACGAGAAGAUGAUGAUCACCCUCGGCAACGAAGACCAGGAUCAGUCGAUCGAGUCGAACUAACAGUUCGAAACGCUGUCCAUACAUCAAUUUGCAUCUUUCGACAGCUGUAGAUUACCGUUUGGGCAGUUUCAGGCGAACUUUUAGGCUUAUGCUUUUGGGAACAAAUUAGAAAUUGAAACGCGGUUUGAAAACAUAUUCACUGUUUCAAGCUCGUGUUCUGCCGAAAACCUGUAAGCAAUGCAUUGUCAGUUUAUGUUUUUAACCCUUUUUGCAAUAAAGUUCCUUGUUUUUACGUAUUUCUCUUAUCAUACUUCAAGUUACAUUUCUGGUUUUUCAAACUAGAAAUUGGACCAUGAUAAAACCUAAAAUGUUAGAAGAAGCAUUGUAAACUUUGACUUAUUUUCUUAGAGUUUUAAAACAUACUCCUUUAUAAGUUCGAAAAUAUAAUAAGUUUGAUCAUAAAAAGUAAGUUUAUAUCGCACGGUCUUCGUAUCUUCAAAUCACAUGAAGUGACAAUGCAUUGAUUGCGAACCCUCGAAUUAACCUAAAAACAGAAUCGAAAUCUCAAAUACAAAAUUAAUCUGACAACAACAAUAUCAGAGGCUCCAACGGACGAUGUGAUUAGAUGUUUUAUCCGCGCAAUGGAAACGAACGAUUGGCCGACAGAAGAAUAUCGACGAAAUUCUUUACGCAUUCGAGUAUCACGUUUUACCAGAUUUCAGCCCGAGGGAGAGAAAUCGCGGUGCUUUACACGCACGGAAAGGUUUUCAAUUUUAUAAGCAACCCUUCGGGAUCGGUGUAGAAACGAUUCCCAGCAAAUGUAGUGUAAUCGAUGUAAAUGUAUGCACAUCCACGAGAGAGUAAGAGUUUAGCGACGAUUAGUCUAGAUUUAAUAUCGCGAAGAAGCCACAACUGAUACCGUGAACUACGCCCCUCAUUGCUUUUACGCUUCUUUUACAAAUCGAAAACAUGCUCUGUACAUUGCAGCUUGAAAUCAAACUCACAAUUAGGUCCGAAUCUAACAACAACUCUAUGCUAAAACUGUUCUCGAUGUUCGUAUUAUUAGCCCGAGUAUGGGUCCAUAACCUAGGAAUGAGAUGCAAACGGGCAGUGACCGUUCCCUAUUUCGGUUCUUUAAGCUAACAAAUUAACUUUAGGACAAAUUUUAAUUGAAGAGACUUAUUUAUCUGAUUUAGCGUAAUGAUUGUAAUUGUUGGUUUUAAUUGUUUUCGUACGAUCCUUUUGGAAAACUAAUUUGGAUGCUAAAUUUAACUAGUAAACAGGAUAUUUGUACCUUAUUAUCUGCUAGGUUGGAAUAAUCCGUCUAAAUUCUAAAGUUGCUUCCGUUAAUUACUGAAACAAUGCCUGUACAUUAUUACUUGUGUAAUCGUCUACUCGGAUAGGCUG